UCACUAAAAAUGAAAGAACUCAUAAAACAACAUGUUGGUUUUCAUCAAGAUGAAAAUUUUGUUCCAACAAAAUGUUUGAAACGAGUUUGUAUUUCAAACAUGCCUUACGAUCGAAUUGCAAGAUUUUCUAUAAAAACACUGUUGUAUAACACAAUUUUAUGGAUUAUUUUAAUCGCUAUAAUACCCUUGGAUCAUCGAGGAAUGAUUUACCAAUUCUGCGGAAAUAAAAUACCCUUAGUGGGUGCGACCAUGUCCACUACGAUGACAUGUACUGGCAGCACUUCGUUUGUGAAUGAAAUUGCCAAAUCGAGUUUUGUGAGUGCGAGAAAUUCGCCCUCGCCGGUGAAAUUCAAAUUUCUUCGCCGAUCUUACGUUCCAUAUUUGCCGCUAAAAGUUAUUAUAACCACCGACAAUGGUCCGAAUAUAACUUCAUUUUUCCUACAAGCCCACGAGCAAGGAAAGACUACACCCAUCGGAAAUUUCAAUUCAACAUUCUCUGAUAAGGAUAUCUCUAUUAUCGGCUGCGGAGUAAACACCGCGAAAUUUAAAAACACAGCGACAACGGAGACAGGGAAAUACAGAAAAAGGUCAAAGGUCACAUUAUACUGGAAUCCACCAGCCAAUUUCAAAACAGCGAUUCAAUUCAGAGUGAAUGUCUUCACUACUGAUCGACCAACAAGAGGUUGGAGAGGACUUACUUCGGAGGAAAUUGUACCAAGAGUGGCAGAAUGCUAUACGGGAAAUGGAGCGAGUUACAGAGGUACAAUGAGUCAUACAAAAUCCGGAAUAUAUUGUCAGAAGUGGGAUUCGCAGACUCCGCACACUCACAUUUUUUCUCGAAACAGAAGACAAUUUGCUGACAAAGGAUUAGAGAGUGAUUUUUGCAGAAAACCUGAUACAGACAAUAUACCUUGGUGUUACACAACCGCUCAACGACCUGUAUUUGAAGCCUGCGAUAUACCUAAAUGCACAAAUGGCGGACUGCCGAAACAUUUUGCAGAGUUUGGAGAAACUGUCGGCGACAAAAAAGUAUCAAGGAAAUUCGGUGAAAUCGGGAGAAUCAAAUUUUCUGCUAAUUUUUCUAUGGUAAAAGCUAACUACACAAAUGCAGCGGUAUUUGAAAACGGAGUAAUUGUUCUUGGCAAAGACGAAGAUUCUAUUAAAAAUAUAAAGUUGGCCAAGAACAAGGGAUUGACUUUUACCAGCAAUACUGAAUCCAAGUCUGGAUCAACAGCAGUCAUUGCGCCAUUCUGGACUGAAAUUCACCGGAAUCAAUCAAUCGGUUCCAACUACGUAUUCUUCCGAGAAUCUACGGAACCUGACGUCAUGAUUCCACUGGGAGAUGACGUCACUUCAAAGCUACGUUUUCUAAACAGGAAAAAGCCAAGAGAUGAAAUGUUUGUGCCAAAAUGGGCUCUGAUAGUUACAUGGUAUCUGGUUGGGGGCAAUUCAUCAGUAACUGAUGUGAAGAAUCUCAAUUCAUUUCAAGCAAUUCUGACAACUGAUGGAAAUAGAUCGUUCGUAUUACUCAACUAUGACAUGAGAAAAUGGUCAGAGAAAAAGAACACAGCAUUGAUCGGGUACAAAUCUGGGAACGCCAUGAGUUUCUUGAAUCACUCACUCCCAUAUACGAAUAAAUUGCAAUUUGAAACAGCCUCGCGACUUGGUAGAGCUGUUACAACACAGUCAAAUGUGGGAAAAGCUGGCCAGAUGAUGUACGAGAUUUCAAUCUGCAAUAAGCUAUUACCUGAUGGUUCAAAACCUAAGAAAUGUUCGGACUCAUUGACUCUCAGAUUGAAAGCGGCACCAUCUCCGCCCACCAAUUGCCAGGGAAAAAACUGCACUGGGAAUCGGACAUGCGACUCUAAAACCGGAGAUUGCGUAUGUCCAGCUGGCUACACUGGCAGUCAGUGUGAAAUAAACAUCGAUGAUUGUCAACAGAAUCCUUGUCAAAACGGAGGAACCUGUACCGAUGCAACUAACGGAUACUACUGCACGUGUAGACCAGGUUACACUGGGUCCAGAUGCGAAGCCAAUGUAAACGAAUGUUUCAAAUCUCCUUGCUUGAAUAAUGGAACUUGUGUGGACGGAGAAAACAGUUACAGGUGCAUCUGCACACCGGAGUAUAAAGGAGUGAAUUGUGAAACACUCAAAGACCAGUGUAAAUCGAAUCCAUGUAUGAACGGAGCCAAAUGCACGACAACUGAAGACAAUUUUGUUUGCAAUUGCGCUGAAGAAUUUUCAGGAGAACAGUGUCAAUAUCGGUAUUGUUUUGACGGUAGCUGCAUUAGGAGUCACACAUGCCAGGAUCGAACGACUGGAAAGGAAAAUUGCACCUGCCGGGCAGAGGCACCAUCUAAUGGGUAUUGUCAAGAGGUCCCAAGUCUACCAGCUUGUUCCAGCGAAAAAACAGGUACGGACCCAAGCGGGUAUAUUCUAUGGCCGACUACUAAUAGCGGAUCAGUGGCCGUUUCGUCCUGUCCCACGCCAACUUCAAAGACAGCUACAAGAGUAUGCAAUUCUAGCAAUUGGGGAGCGCCUGAUACCUCGGCAUGCACACAACUUAGUCCACGAAGUCGAGAACUGCAGGAUCUUGACAGAACAACUAUAGUAGCAGGAAACGCAGCGACGCUCGCAAAUCAAAUUCUCAAUGUCACCAGCAACGAGAAAGAUUCUCUCGUUGCAUAUGACUUGCAACUGGUAUCAAAUAUUCUGUUGAAAGUUGUAAACGUUAUCGGAGAAGAAAACAAUUAUGACAUCACCAGUGACGUCAUAAACUCAGUGAGUAAUGUCAUAGAGGCACCGAGUGAAGAAUUGAGAGUGGCAUCACAAGAAUUUUCAUCAAACUCAAGGCUCGUGCAAGUAAUCGACAACGUGCUUCUGAAACUUGAAGUACUAACCGACCAAAACGUCUACCUCAACUCGAAGAAUGUAAAAGUUGCAGUUGCUGGAAUUAGUGGAAACGAAACAUUUACUGGAAAAUCAUUUACGCUGUCGUCCAAUUUACAGCCUGGUAUAUCCGAUGGGACCGACUCGGGAGGCAACUCUGGCCAGGCUUCUGUGUUUAUUCCACCAAGUGUCACAGAGAAAGUAACGUCCACUAGUUUUACAAGAAUUCAAUUUGCGGUUUACACGAGUACUGCUUUGUUCAAUCAUGUUCGAGUGGAUGAUGGCACCGUGCCAGAUCUCGGGUCAAAUAUGAACGUCUCAGUGUAUUCCGACCAUGUUGUAUCAGCAAGUAUAGGCAACACAAAGAUUACAGGAUUGAGUGAAAAUGUUACAAUUACCAUAUCACGAUCUAAUUCAUAUUACGGGAAAGGACCGCAUUGUGUGUUUUACAACUUCCCUAAUAACGGAGGCGAGGGAAGUUGGUCGGCAGAAGGAUGUCAUUUAAAUCCCGAAUCUACCUUAACAACGACCAUUUGCGAUUGUAAUCAUUUGACUAAUUUUGCUGUCAUUAUGGAUGUCUACGGCACGGUUGAAUAUUUCAAUGAAUACCAGAAUAUGAUACUUCAAAUACUAACGUAUAUAGGAUGCAGUUUAUCAAUAUUUGGAUUGCUCUGCACAUUGAUAUCUUAUCUGAUGUUCGAAAAACUACGUAAAGAAGUUCCUGCAAAGAUUUUAAUCUGUCUCUGCGCAGCACUGAUCACUGUGAAUAUAGUUUACCUUUGUUUGCAGUCUGCUUAUUACAGUUCUCACACAACUUGCGUUGCUAUUGCUGCAAUAAUGCAUUACGCGUUACUGAGUUCCUUAAUGUGGAUGGGAUUGGAGGCGAUCAACAUGUACAUUGCUCUUGUCAAAGUAUUUAACACGUACUAUAGAAAGUAUAUGUUGAAGAUGUCACUCGCUGGAUGGGGUGUGCCACUUCUGAUUGUCUUGAUUGCUUUCAUCGUUCAGUUCGCCACUGGGAUUCCUUCAUAUGAAAUGAACAGCAAAACAGAAAUAUGCUGGCUAAGAAGAGAUGUUUUCUACGGCACAUUAGUUGCUCCAUUUGCAAUUGUAUUCUUGCUAAACAGCGUCAUAUACUGCUUAGUACUCGCACAAUUGCUCGGGAUGUCCUCGAGGAAGCUCAAACAUCUCGACUCAGCAAGAAAAUUGAAGAAACCUGCCAAACGAGAAAAUUUUAGAAAACUGAGAGGAGCGAUAGGUCUCAUGGCACUACUUGGUAUAUCGUGGGGAUUCGCACUUGGAACUUUUGACAAAGCAGCCCUCACAUUCGCUUAUGUGUUCGUUGUCUUCAAUAGUUCACAAGGAUUCUGGGUUUUCAUAUUCCACUGUGUCUUGAAGAAGGAAGUCAGUAAAUGUUGGAAGAAGUUGAUAUUCAACAAAGGAACAUUUAGAGAUGGAAGUUCAAGAUGGAGCAGAUUCAGCAGUAGUAACACUAGAGGGAGCCGUUCAACGACUACGUCAUCAGCAAGAAGUAUGUCAGCGUCAUCUAUCAGAACAUCCUACCUUGUUCCAAAGCCAUCUAAAUCUGUGGACAGAAGCGAGGCCAGUAUUGGAAUGGAUUCAAAAGGACUCGACGUUGUUACAAGAACAAACUCUACAGCCAAUCCAGUGUUCGAUGACCCAGAUAUUGGACCGCCUCCGCCUUUCCCUCCUCCACCGAUUCCCACAGAAGAACAAAUCGUAAGACGAGUUCCUCGUAGAACUUCGCCACAACCUUCAACGACCAUUUCGACCCAGACUGACAUCAAUUUGCUACAUUCUUCAGAUACAGACUCACAGAACAGCAUGGAGAGUAUGGAGAACUCAAGACAAGAUGAACAAAACAUGGAGGACGAAGAGCGACGUGAUAGCGUGAAUAACAAUUCCGGACUCCCAGGAAUACAAGGAUUCCAAUUUCCCGACCAUCGUGAAGUAGUGAUUUCUCCGUCAAAUGAAAGUGGAAUUUACUCAGAUGCGAGUGUUUCCAGUACAGCGAUAUUGGUGGAAAUGCCGACUUAUAUGGACUUAGAAAGCAACAACAAUGAGGUUUCAGCUCUGAGAAAUAAUGACGUUAGUGGUCAUCAUUCUGGAGAAAUAAACUUGGGAUAUGAAGACGAUACGCUGGAUGACGUCACAAUUAUAUCUAAUGACGUAACAUUGAUAAACAGUGGGGCCAACGACAAUGUAGAUAUUGUCGAAAGGCAUGGAGGGGUAAACAGUAGACCACAUCAGCGUUAUGCUGUAAAGGAAACGAAACCCGACAGUACUCCAGGUAUGCCACGAAUAAAAGGUACGAACAGCCUUACGGAUGAUGCGAGGAAUACAGAUAGCGGGAUAAGUAUUUCAAGCGAUGCUACGGGGGCUGGAAGCUCUACUGCUGGUAGCACGCGUAGCGAGAGACCAGAACUUGUCACGCAAGAUAGCAGGUCAAGUUUGUACAGUGUAAACAGUAACACUAGCAGUGCAAGUGGGCCAUCGAGUGGGUCUGAAUCAUCUUAUCAAAUCGGUAGGGUGAGGGACCGGCAGAGUUCAGGUGAUCUGCCGUCUCCUCAUUUAUGGAAAGCUCCAUUGGUAAUAAAACGGAGCGACGAUCACACAAAAGCAAAUAAAAAGGAAGGUAUUUUCCGGCGCAAACCAGUCAUAACUGGUCCUAAUGACAAUUCCAGUACAAAAAGGGCAUUGUGGAAGAGGUCGCGGAACAAUUCAAAAGAUAACAGUGCUGAAAAACAGAGCAUGACUUCGUUCCCACCAAAGCGCAAACUGAAACGUCAGCCCAAUAAAUCGGAGAACUGUGACAAAUCCGAGGGCGCGACUAAUAAAUUAGAUAUUCAAAUGACAAAUUUUAGCCUAAAUCGAGGCAGCUUUCAUGACGGAGCGUUGUAG